UCUAUUCUGUUUGUCAACCGACAUGAAAAAGGGGCGAAAGAGAUGUUAACGCCGAAGUAGCUUUCCAAACUCUUUUAAUUUUAUAAAGCACAAACGAAUUAUAAGUGUACUCUCUGUGUGUAAAAAUGCCUCCACAUUUGGAGAAAUGUCCGAGGAGAAUAUUAGUCUGUGAAAAAUCCAACUUCUUGAAUGAAGCAUCACGUCAUGAAGUGCACGUGUCUAAACACAGCUUCAACUAUAAGAUUUCUUUACUGAUACCUGAAUGUGGAGUACUGCCUGCUGAGAUAGCAAAAGUUAUCAGUAAUUUCAGUUCAUAUUACCUUGUUCGGGAUCUACCAGUAUACAGAUUCCUGGAAGAGGAUAUGCUUGAAAUAAUUAAGAAAGGCUGUUUUUAUGCACUCUCCUACAAAACUCGACUUGAUGAAGACAAUAUUAUUGCUUUUUUGAGCAGAAAGUUAGUAUUGUCUCUUGAUAAGGACACGUAUGAGCAGCUUGGCUUGGAGGGAAAACCUUCGCUAUACAAUCACAGAAAGCCCAUGAGAUAUGUUGUAACUGUGGACCUCACUGAUAAAUCUUUGGUUCCUGGUGCAAAGAGAUACCAGCAAGUUCUGCUAAGUUUGAAAGAAAGAGUGCCGCUGAGAAGCGACUUUCUUUUAACGGAUUGCCAUUCAGACCGAGAUGGACAUCUGAAGGUUCUCAUGUCUCAGUACACAUACGAGAAGUGUAGGCCUACUCUUAGUACCCACAAUCUGAGAGAUCUGUUGUGUCCAUCACUUCAGUCCUCAGAUCUUCAGGGAAAGAGGCUUUCAUGCACCCCAGAGCACUUCCUGGAGUGGCUGGGGGCAGUCAACCUGAAUAUCAGUUGUGAAAACUCAGCUACAAGUUUCCUGUCCUCAUAUGCAUGUCCGGAGCCAUGCAGUUCUGUGAGCCAGGCCCUUCUUUGCACAGUAACUGGAUUCAUCCCUCCUGAAGACAUCUCUGCACUACUACAAGAGCUUAGAAGGUAUUUUGAUGCGCCAAAGUUUGCAGUUUGGGUCUCCCUCACUGUGCAUGGCUUUGUGGAUAGUCCUGUGUGCUGGGGAACGACAGAACAUGGCUUCCUUAAAGGGGGAGAAAACUUCUACAAUUUUGUCUGCUUCAAGAAGCAGGAUUACUGGUUGCACAUGGCAACUGGUGCACAUGAUUGCUGUCCCCCAUGAUGAACUAGAUCUGGAUUGGAGAAAGAGGUUAUUUUUCAUUCUGCUACUUAACAUUUCUGACAUAUGGAAAUUAUGCCCUGAAGACCUUUUUAUAUGAAUGGAAAUGAGAUUUUUGUUAAAUAUGAUUAUUUUAUCUUAUUAUUUGAACAAUAAUAAAUAGUAACAUCUUGCUAACAGAACACAUUAUUGAUAAAAAUGUUAAGUUCUUUUGAACAGUAUUAAAUUCAGCACAAUACUGCAAAUGGCAAGGUUUAUUUGUCUCAUGAUGUAAGUAUUGUUUUACGGUAAAUGAAGCAUUUAUAGUCCCCCUUCUCAUUCAUAAUAUUGUAGAGCAGUUCAAAGCAGGCAAUGAGAGCAGGAAAAAGGUUUCAUUUUUCAACAUUAUGCAAACAAGAAACAAAUAUUACUCAAUGGUAAUGGGUGUGACAAGUUCUCGUGAAGUGUCACGCUUAGGGUCAAGCCACAUGAUGAAAUCAGAGCAGUACACGAUGGAAGGGAAAUUAAUAUUGGCUGGAUCAGGGUUUCCAUCUACAUCCUCUACAAACUCUACAUGCUUCUGAAAUAGUGGAAAUGUAAUGUAAUAGAUAUCACUUCAUAGUGGGAACACUUUUUCUUCCUUGUUCAGGAUCAGGGUUUUGUAGAUGUCUGAAUUCCUAAAUCACCUGGUAAAAUGAUUGAGCUACAAUUGCAUUCCCCUAAUCACAGCCAUUCAUAUUUUUCACCUAGUUCCAGAAUGAAGGAUCAUGUAAGUGUUUUGUACAGAAUACCUGGAGCAGUUAAGAGCACUAGCCCAAGCAGGGAAAAUACUGCAUGAAGUAAGACCCAGACUGAUUACUAACACACACUGAAAGAUCACACCUGUGCUGUAUCAAUUACACUGGUUACCAGUCUCUUGCCACAUUCAGUAUAAUCUACUUGUCCUUACUUUCAAAGCCCUUUAAAAUCUUGCUCCUACUUGUCUUUCUGAGCUGUUUUAUCCUUACUUUCCAUCGCAAACUCUUCUAUAUGCUGGCCGUUAAUCUGGUUCUAUUGCUGCUUUCAAAUCUCAGAUGAAUGCUUUUAACAUCUCACAGUACUGAAUAAACAAAUUUCACAUAUUUCUUUACA